AUGGUCGAUGAAGGUAGAGCACUGCACCGUCAGCAUCCGUAUGCCCUUCCUGCCUGGUUUGUAGCGGAGAAUGUUAAAACCAAAUCAGAGCAUCGGGCACCAAUCCGUCUACAUCAAAGUAGUAACCUUAACUUUCAAAGCGAUAAGGAAGUGGGUCCCUGUACGGAUACUAAUGGAGACGGUAGAAGCAAGAAUGGGAUUGACGAGGACCAGACUGAAGCUGCUGAUGAGUAUGUCUUCCAAAAGAAGCGAUACGCAGAACUAUAUGACCUUGCUGCUGCUGCUCUACUCAGCAAGACUUCGUUUCCAAAAGUGAAGCGAGGUGGCAUAUGGCCUUGCAUGGCAGUGGAAGUUGAAAGUUCUGCCUGCGCUACAGCCAUCAUAGAACACCUAGCAGGAGAUAUGGGUGCAUCCUGCAUCUCGGCUGGGCCCGAGGAUCUGUAUAAGCUUGCUCGUGAAUUUCAUCAACAAGACGAAUCGGCUCGGCAUCACGAAUGCCGCUCUUUUUGUGCAGACCCUGUGUGUCAAAGUGAAAAUAAGCCGUCAAUAUUCUUUAAAGAGACGAUAGAGAUUACAGACUCAGCCAUCGGUCUCAGUGAUGACCAUAGUGACACUGACUACGCCAUAGUCGAGGAUAGAGAUCAGAUGAUCAAAUAUCAUUUUGGAGACGAAAACAGUCUACGGAGUCAGUGCUCAAUAGAAUCUAUUUUGAAUGCUCAUUUGGCGAAGAUUGAACAGAAGCCUUCGCAAUCUGAACCCCGGAGCACGGCCUCAAGACAAAGCGAUCGACUUAUACUCCACCUUCGCAACUCUUACGAGAUUGAUUGUAUAUCCUACGGUAUCAUUCAAAGCUUCAGAAAUGCCAUCAUGGAACGUUGGAAGAAUAAUGAGCUUGUAUUGCUUAUCAUCAGCGAUAUGAACCAUGACACUCGACGGGAACUUAAUAUCACACCUUCUUUUAUUGUUUGGUUCGAUGACCCAAAGUCACUAAAACACAAGAUUGCAUCAGAAACAGAGAAGAAACAGCUCGGUAUUGCGAGAAGAGCUAGAAAACUGAAAGGGUCUAUAAGAGAAAGGCUGCCCAUAGGCUUCGCUUCCGAGCUGCUAUCCGACGCCGUACACUUGGAUAUACCGGACACUUUGUUAACUGAUUUCCAUGAUGACAUGGACUACACGCUGAUUGCUUGUCAAGUUUUGGGGCGGGUUUGCGUCAAAGGGGUACUGGAACUGAGUGACAUACUCGAAGUCUUGCAGCGUAAUAGUUGCGAGCAACCGCAGCCGCCAGAACCCUCAAGAACUGAGCCUCUGGAAGUUAAGGAGCCCAGCUUCUCCGAAACGGGUGAUACAACUAGGAAGAGUUGCAACAAGUUCGAGCUAGGGCUCUCAGAAUGCAUCAUCGACCCAGAAACUCAGAAACACACCUACGACGAUAUUAUUCUGGAGCAAAAUGUGAAGGGCCACAUAAGACGAUUGGUGCACUUUUCGAGAACCCAACUUGAGGAUUCCUCAAAGACACCUCCGGAACAACCUAGGCCUACAGGAGUCUUAAUUCAUGGACCUCCUGGUACUGGGAAGACCCAUCUAGCUCAUGCAAUCGCCAACGAGUCCAGAGCGACCAUGCUCCGAAUCAAACCAGCAGACAUCGUCAGUGAUGUUGAGGGGGAUGCAGAGAAAACGAUCCAUGCCGCAUUCACACUAGCCAAGACGCUAUCACCUUGUGUUCUGUUCAUCGACGAAGUCGAUGCCCUGUUUUACCGUCGCUCCGCUGACGAUCACUCCUGGCGACGAAGGGCCCUGGCCCAGUUCCUCCAAGAAAUGGAUGCGCUAUCCCAGGAUGAAGACACGCCCCUCGUCCUCUGCGCGACAAGCCGGCCCUCAGAUCUAGACGAAGCUUUCCUGCAGCGAUUUCCCAACAAGGUUAUGACAAAGCCUCCAGGCGAGGAAGAAAGACUCAAGAUUCUGCAGACAUCCCUCAAGGAAUCAGAAAUUGACCCCCAAGUCAGCCUAGAGGCCCUCGCACGUCAAUCAGCCGGCCUAUCUGGCUCAGACUUGCGCUCACUCUGCGGACAAGCUGCGUUGCACUCUACCAUGGAUGAUACAUCCUCGCAGUCAACGGGUACCGAAAUCAAAUCCCCAACCAAAUCUCAUCUUAAAGCCCAGCAUUUCGCCGAGGCUCUUCGAGACAUCAGACCUAGUGUGUCGAGGGGUUCUCAGACCGACAUAGAAGCACCUUCUCGGCUCGUCACUCGUAAUAGUAUGAAGUCUAGUCGGAACGGAAGGAAUGCGAGAAAAGCGACAGUUGAACCAUGUAUUCCAGAGUCCCCUGUAUCAGACAACGAGACUGCUUUUCUUUAG